CUGAACUCUGCUGACCUGCUCAAAGCCCUCUGCUACCCCAGGGUCAAGGUCGGCAAUGAGUAUGUCACCAAAGGCCAGACUGUGCAGCAGGUGUACAACGCAGUCGGUGCUCUGGCCAAAGCCGUCUACGAGAAGAUGUUCCUCUGGAUGGUCGCCCGCAUCAACCAGCAGCUGGACACCAAGCAGCCCAGGCAGUACUUCAUCGGGGUCUUGGACAUCGCUGGCUUUGAGAUCUUUGAUUUCAACAGCCUGGAGCAGCUGUGCAUCAACUUCACCAACGAGAAACUGCAACAGUUUUUCAACCACCACAUGUUCGUGCUGGAGCAGGAGGAGUACAAGAAGGAGGGCAUCGAGUGGACGUUCAUCGACUUCGGCAUGGACCUGGCUGCCUGCAUUGAGCUCAUCGAGAAGCCACUGGGCAUCUUCUCCAUCCUGGAAGAGGAGUGCAUGUUCCCCAAGGCCACAGACACCUCCUUCAAGAACAAGCUGUAUGACCAGCACCUGGGCAAGUCUGCCAACUUCCAGAAGCCCAAGGUUGUCAAAGGCAAAGCUGAGGCCCACUUCUCGCUGAUCCACUACGCUGGCACUGUGGACUACAACAUUACUGGCUGGCUUGAUAAGAAUAAGGACCCCCUGAAUGACACCGUGGUUGGGCUGUACCAGAAGUCUGCAAUGAAGACUCUGGCCAGUCUCUUUUCCACAUAUGCUAGUGCUGAAGCAGACAGCAGCGCAAAGAAAGGUGCUAAGAAGAAGGGCUCUUCUUUCCAGACUGUGUCAGCCCUUUUCAGGGAAAAUUUAAAUAAACUGAUGACCAAUCUGAGGAGCACACACCCUCACUUCGUACGGUGUAUCAUUCCCAAUGAAACCAAAACUCCUGGGGCCAUGGAGCAUGAACUUGUCCUGCACCAGCUGAGGUGCAAUGGUGUGCUGGAAGGCAUCCGCAUCUGCAGGAAGGGAUUCCCAAGCAGGAUCUUAUAUGGGGAUUUUAAACAAAGGCCAGUCUCUGUUGUAUUUCACUGAAUGCUGUGAAUAUUUAAUCAUCGUAAU